AUGGUGGUGGUGCGCGCCUUGGAGCCGCAGGCCUGGAACGAGUCCGCCCCUGGCGCGCCAUGGGGAGGACAGUCCACGAUUUGGGACGCCUACCGGGACUUGACCUUGGCAACCAAGGGCCGGUUCCAGCAGCCGGAUCGCUUCAAGACCCGGCGCCUGGUCUUCGAGCUCGGCGAGAGCGCGGAGGCGAAGGGCGAGGUGUCGCGCCCGGGCCCUGCGCAGCCCCGGUCCGCCACCAUGCGGCGGCUGGUCCUGUGGCCGACGCCAACCUUCGACAGCUCCUGCUACAAGGCGAUGACUCAACGAAGCCCGGAGCCCAUCCCGCCGCUGCCCACGGCCUACGGGCGCCUGGACGAUGAGGUGCCUCAGCCUCCGCGCGUAGAGGAGGUGCCGGAGGUCUGGCGCCGCGCCGCCUGGUCCUCUGGGCCGGGGGUGGCCCGGGCCAACAGCUCCAGCCCCCGCUACGCGCCCCUGCGCUACGGGGCGGCCAUCUUGAGGCGGCCUUCCACUGCCAGCGGGGGAGGGGGCAGCGGGGCGUCCAGCCGCAGCUCGCACCUGCAGCGCUCGGCCUCGCAGCAGCAGUCCAUCUCGGCGCCCAGUAAAUGCAGCGGGAGGAGUGGGGCGACGUCAGGGAAGUCGAGCGCGAAGGAGGCGAAGGUUUAUGUGGACUCUCCUCCACUCGAGCUGAUUCCGCCAUGCAUGCCACAAGCCGCAUGA